CCAAAUUCAUCCACACACACCAUAGCAAGAACUCAUCUCUGAGCUCCUCACCACUAAAAUCCGGCCACCUCCUCUUCCCUCCGGUGAGUCGCCGUCCAGCCGCCGGCAAUCCCGUCCAACCCUCGCCGGCAAGCUCACCUCUCGAGUCCCGAAGCAAGAGGUCUUUCUCGUCCCCCGAACAAAAUUUCUUUUCCUCCUUUCUAUACUGCCGUGCGCCACCGCCACCGCUACCUCCACUGUACGUCGUCCACUCUCCGAUAGUUUUACAGUGAAAAUGCUGCCACAAAGAUUGAAGAAGACCGUGACGGACAACCCUAAGAAAGUAGCAGAUUUGAUUGACCUUGUGAAUCUGCCCACCAUACUCAGAGAUUUUAUGGGUCAGUCUCAGAGUUCUCAUCUCAAUUGCUUUAGGCGAGUUUGGUCUUACAUAAAGGACAACAAUCUCCAGGAUCCACACAAUAAGAAUGUUGUGAAUUGUGAUCAAAAGCUGAAAAGUAUUCUUUUGGGCAAGUCUAAGGUCGACCUCACUGAACUUCCCUCGUUGGUCAAGUUGCAUUUUCCAAAGAAGCCAAAGUAAUUGCUACAAGCCUGAUGAGGUGAAGGCCUUGGAUGGCACAACAAGAAUUUGGGAUCCUUAUCGUGAUAUAGCACAGAACAUUGUCACUUGUCCCACAAGUUGAAUUCAUAGUUCUAGACAUCUUAUGUUCCUAUUUUUGUUCACAUUAUCAAGUGANAUUAUAAAACUCAAAGCGAAUGUACAAUGUUCGUGAAAGAAAAAUACAA